AUGGCGCAACAAAUUACCCAACGGAAGCAGCAAGAGCUGCAGCAGCAAUACACAAACUACAAGAAUGGGCUGCAACAAAUCGCCUCGAAGAUCGGUGACGUUGAAUCUGAAGCUGAAGAACACAAACUUGUUCUUGAGACCCUCGAGCCGUUACCGGGAGAUAGGAAGUGCUUCCGCAUGAUCAACGGCGUGUUGGUGGAGCGGACGGUGAAGGAUGUCGUUCCAGCCUUGAAGACGAAUUCCGAGGGCUUGAAGAAGGUCUUGGAGGAUUUAGUCAAGCAGUACAAUAGCAAGCAGAUGGAGAUGGAGAAGUGGAAGAAGAAGAACAAUAUCCAGGUUGUCCAGCAAUGA